AUGUCUGAGCCAAAAUUCUUGAUCAACAAUAUGACAAGUUUAAAUUAUAAUCCAGUACCAUUUGAUGAUACUUAUGUUCUUUAUGAUCCUCAAGAUCCAAUAUCAACAAUAUCAGUUUAUUUUUCAUUAUUACCAAUUGGAAUAUUGAUUUUUUAUUUAUCAUGGUUCAUUGUGACUAGAGAAAUAGAACCAGUUAUCAUUGCAGGUGGUCAAGUUGUUAAUGAUAUAAUUAAUAAUAUUGUUAAGAAUAUUAUAAAAGAAGAAAGACCUUUAGCUAUUGAUGGAUUUCAAUCAAAUGGGUUAAGAUCUGGUUAUGGUAUGCCAAGUGCACAUUCCCAAUUUAUGGGAUUUUUCGCUAUAUUCUUUACAUUGAAGAUUUGGUUAAAUUGGAAAGAUUUAACUUGUAUAAGGAAAAUUUUAGGUACAUUGGGUGUUUAUAUCCUUGGUUCAUUAGUUGCAUUUUCAAGAGUUUAUUUAUAUUAUCAUAGUUAUAAACAAGUUGCAGUUGGUGUUUUAUUAGGAACUGCAAUUGGUGCACCAUAUUUCCUCGUAACUAGCAUUGCUAGAUCUUUAGGUUUAAUUGAUUGGAUUAUAAGUUGGAAAAUUGUUAAUUUAUUUUGGGUUAAAGAUUCAACUUUCCAUUCUCCAUUAACUUUAAAAGAAGAAUAUCAAUUAUGGGAACAAAUAAAGGAAAAUCAAGUUAAUAAAAAGCAUAAAUGA